GCUGUGCGGCAGGUUCCUCAGCAGGGCCGUGCAGCCUGGUGCGGCACAGCGCGGGCCCGGGAGAUGGUGGAGGGACCGGGUUGUACGCUACACGGAGAGGAGAUCCGGGCGCGGGUGCGCCCGGGCCAGGCGGUGACGGACGUGCGGGGCAGCGCGCUGCAGAGCCCGGGUAGGCCUGGCUCGCCUCCCGCCGUCCCGGGGGCUGCGGGCUCCUCACAGGCAGCUGCACUGAAUAAUAAUAAAGAUUCCAGCCAGAAUAUCUCGAGACUCCUUAAUGGACACAUUUACAGUGGUGUGGAAACUUUGGGGAAGGAGCUCUUUAUGUACUUUGGGCCAAAAGCUUUACGGAUUCACUUCGGAAUGAAGGGCUCCCUCAUGAUUAAUCCACUUGAGUCUAAAAAUAAAAAUGGAAUUUCUCCUGUUUUUGAAGUACAACUCACCAGAGAUCUGAUUUGUUUCUUGGACUCAUCAGUAGAAAUGAGAAGCUCCACAGAAAGCCAGCAGAGAAUAAGAAAAAUGGAAGAAUUAGAUGUAUGUUCACCUAAAUUUAGUUUCUCGAGAGCAGAAAGUGAAGUGAGAAAGCAGAGGGGACGGAUGCUGUGUGACGUGUUAAUGGAUCAGAAAGUGUUGCCCGGGGUGGGGAACAUCAUCAAAAACGAAGCGCUCUUUGACAGUGGCCUCCAUCCCUCUGUUAAAGUUUGUCAGUUAACAGAUGAACAGACCCAUCACCUUGUGAAAAUGAUACGUGAUUUCAGCAUUCUUUUUUACAGGUGCCGUAAAGUGGGAUCUCCUGUCUCUAAACACUAUAAGGUUUACAAGCGUCCUAAUUGUGGUCAGUGCUGCUGCAAAAUCACAGUGUGUCGCUUAGGGGAGAAUAACAGGAUGACAUAUUUCUGUCCUCACUGUCAGAAGGAAACGCCUCAACUUGUUGACAUAUGCACACUGCCAGCUAGAAACGCUACACUCAGUUGGCCAUCUAGCAGAGGGGGUCAUCUCGUGGACUGUGUGGCCCAGAAAUCUGAAGAGCAGUGGACAUGUGAGGUCUGUACACUAAUAAAUAAGCCGUCUUCUAAGGCAUGUGAUGCUUGCCUGACUUCAAGGCCUACGGAUUCAAUACCCAAGAAUGAAGAAAAUCCUAUUGCCUUCAGCAAUUUAAUGAAGUACCCUUGUAAUAGCUUUGGAAAACCAAGGACAGAAGUGAAGAUAAACAGGAAAACUGCAUUUGGAACUACAACCCUUGUUUUGACGGAUUUCAGCAAUAAACCCAGAGCUUUGGAGAGAGAAGAAAGCCAAAACCAGAUACUAGAUGGAGAAUUUCCAAACCCUCCCACUAAUGUUUUUUGUAGUGAUACAUCGCGCCCCUCCAAGGAGAUAACAAACUAUCAACUAUCGAACAAAGUAAACGUAUCACCUGUGGUCUGCUCUCAGUCUAAAUUAUUUAGUCCAGCAUAUAAAAAAUUAAAAGCAACCCACUACUCAUCACCAGAUCUCAAAAGUUGCAACCCUGGAUUUUCUAACAGUGAACUUCAAAUUAAUAUGACAGAUGGUCCUCGUUCAUUAAAUGCUGGCAGUCCCUGCUGCAGUAAACACGGCCGCCCCUGCGUUCUCCGAGUGGUGAGGAAGGAUGGAGAAAACAAGGGCAGGCACUUUUAUGCUUGUCCUCUACCGAGAGAAGCACAGUGUGGAUUUUUUGAAUGGGCAGAUCUGUCCUUCCCAUUCUGCAGCCACGGCAAACUCUCCAUCAUGAGAACAGUGUUGAAGAUUGGGCCUAAUAAUGGGAAGAAUUUUUUUGUGUGCCCUCUAGGGAAGGAAAAACAGUGCAAUUUUUUCCAAUGGGCAGAAAAUGGGCCAGGAAUAAACAUUAUUCCAGGAUGCUAAAGUUACUGCAGUAUUUGAGAACUUUCGUUUCACUUGUGUGCCAUCUUUCUAUUCAAUGUCUAUGUAUUUUUUUGCCUUGAUGAAUGCUAUUUGUGUUUCAUCAAAUAUACAAUAUAUUCCAUUUAGAAUGUAUAUUUAAUGCAUUUAGUUAUGACAAUAAAGUAUUUUUAGUAUGC